UACCUGCCUAACUAAUGAGAUUAUAAGAGGCGUAGACGCACGGAUUUCCUCCCACUUAGAUCAUCUAUCUACCCACAAGACUCUUGCAGACGAUAUUUACCCCGUUUCUAGAUAAAAAGGACCUCUUGCCUGACCUGAGACGGAAGGGAUAAUUUCUCAUCCUAUCUACCAUUUCACCUAAUCUACCUAACUAUCUUCCCAUCGUCGUCGUUCGCCCUCGCCUACUACAUCCACAAUGGCGCCUCCGGAAGACCUUCCUGAGAUGACAUAUCGAUUCCUCGGACGCUCGGGUCUGCAGGUCUCAGCCAUCUCUCUUGGUGGCUGGUUGACAUACGGCGGGUACACAGAAAAUGAAAAGUCAUUUGAGUGUAUGAAGGCGGCGUAUGAAUCCGGUAUUAACUUCUUCGACUGCGCUGAGGUUUAUUCUGGAGGCAAAUCGGAAGAGGUAAUGGGAGAGGCUAUCAGGAAGUUUGGCUGGAAACGUAACGACCUUGUCAUCUCAACCAAGAUCUACUGGGGUGGCGCUUUUGGUGACAACCCCGUGAACAACAAGGGUCUCUCACGGAAGCACAUCAUUGAGGGCAUGGACGCAUCAUUGAAGCGUCUAGGACUCGACUACGUAGACCUGAUCUACGCGCACAGGCCAGAUAGACAAACACCGAUGGAGGAGACGGUGCGCGCUUUCAACCACCUGAUCAACACCGGCAAGGCGCUGUACUGGGGCACAUCGAUGUGGAGCGCCGAUGAGAUCGCCCAGGCCUGGCGGUACGCCGACAAGCUAGGCCUCAUCGGCCCCGUGAUGGAACAGCCCGAAUACAACAUGCUCAGCCGCGAGAAGGUUGAGCUCGAAUACGCGCACCUGUACCGCGAGGUCGGCACGGGCCUGACCGUCUUCUCGCCCCUGCGCCAGGGCCUGCUCUCAGGCAAGUACAAGGACGGGAUCCCCGAGGACUCGCGCUUCGCGCAGAGCCAGGUCGAGUUCGUCAAGGGCUGGUGGCAGCGGACGGGCAAGGAGAAGUUCGACGGCAUCAUCAAGCAAAUCAACGAGCUCGAGCCCAUAGCCAACGACCUCGGCAUCAAGCAGAGCACGCUCGCGCUCGCGUGGGUCCUGAAGAACCCGCACGUCAGCUCCGCCAUCAUCGGCGCGAGCUCGGCGGACCAGGUCUACGAGAACGUGCGCGCCGUCGGGGCCGUGGAGAAGCUGACGCCCGAGAUCAUGGACAAGAUCGAUUCCAUCUUGAAUAAUAAGCCGCCGGCGGUCGUUGACCGGUUCUAGAUUGUGCGAGGAGUCGGGAAAAUGUGGGCUUAGUUAGAUAUGAGGAAAAAGAGCGUGUUUGACGACUUUGGAGAGGACUUAUACAGGGUGUGUUAAGAGGCUAGAUACGAGAAGUUGUAGAUAGAUACACCUCGUACAAAAUAAGAGUCUGCGAUCGAUCUUUAUCUGUUGUAGCCUUAGCGAAUAAAGGUUAAGGUGAAUCUUGCAAUAUGCUGUGCAACACAUGCCCUGUUUCUACCAUUACGUAGUCAAC